ACUUCAUAACUUAAAUGAGUUCCUAAAAUGAAAGAAGAAAAGGAAUAUCACAUGAUAUAUGAUCUCACCUGAUUUUAUAAUGUAAAUUUUUAGCGCUGUCUCUCUCUCUCUCUCUCUCUGCCUGCACAUAGCGUCCCGCGUCCCUUCACCGUUGAAUGGAGCCGUAGCGAGAGAAUGCGACCCGAGCGAUCUCUUCCUCUGCUCCCUCUUCUCGACUUUGCUUCCCGUUUGACAAGACGCCGAUCUUCCGCCUUCUCUUUCCAUUUCAUACACCUUCUCUCUCGCCUUAAAUCUCUGUCUCGCCUGCUUAUGCCAUUAUCGCGGUUUUCUCUUUACAUUAUCUGCUCAUUACGUAUCCGCGUUCCUUCUACGAAUUAGUCUAUUCCCUAUUACUUAAUCCUUGUUUAGUUGAAUCCAAAUUUCAACGCGGAAAUUGUUCAUUUCCGCAGGAAUUUCCAGGUUUUUCGUUGUACAGGUAUUGUUUUUCGUUGGAUUAUUUAGAAUUUUAAUUGUUUUUGUUCUUGUUCUUUGGCAAUUCUGGUCCCCAUUGGUUGAAAUCUGAGAGAUUAAAUCGUAAUGCAUUGUGAAAUUUGCAGCUUAGGACGGCGUUUUUGUCCAUUUCAUUUUUGCUUUUGGUAAAGUUCUUGCAUCCCUGCGAUUUUUUGGGGGGAUUGAAGUUCCGGUUUCCAAACAAUUUGCUGUUUGGACCAAAACUAGGGUUUGGUUGGGGCGGCUCCGAUCUGAUCACGAACUUGUAAUUUGAUUCUUCUUACCGUAAAUGGGAUCGGCGCAGCUCAAUUUUAAUGCAGAAAUUCGAGGGACGCAAAUUUGAGAUUCAUAUUUGAUGGGGAACACAUGCGUAGGACCCAGUUUGGGUAAUAAUGGAUUCCUGCAUUCUGUUACAGCAGCGGUAUGGCGAACGCGGCCUCCUGAGGAUACGCUUCCUUCUGCCAACGGAGAAUCACAAAAUGGCAGCCAAACAGCCAAUGCUAUUUCGACCCAUCCGAAAGAACCCGAUGCUCCACUGCCAGUGCAAAGCACGCCGCCAGAGCCAGUUAAGAUUACGGUGGAUGAACCAAAACCGGUGGAACCAGAAAAACCUGUCAAGCCGGAGGAGGUAAAGGAGGAGUUGCCUAAACCUUUGGAACCUGAGAAACCUAAGAAGCCAAUUCAUAUCAAACGGGUGUCAAGUGUGGGGCUUCAGAUUGAAUCGGUGUUGCAGAGGAAAACAGGGAAUUUGAAGGAAAUUUAUAGUUUGGGGCGGAAGCUAGGACAGGGGCAAUUUGGGACUACCUUUUUUUGUGUGGAGAAAGGUUCAGAGAAAGAAUUUGCUUGCAAAUCUAUAGCGAAAAGGAAAUUGACGACCGAAGAGGAUGUCGAGGAUGUUAGGAGGGAGAUUCAGAUAAUGCAUCAUUUAGCGGGUCACCCCAAUGUGAUAUCUAUAGUGGGUGCUUACGAGGAUGCUGUGGCUGUUCAUGUUGUGAUGGAGCUUUGUGCUGGUGGAGAGCUCUUUGAUAGAAUAAUUCAGAGGGGGCAUUACACGGAGAGGAAGGCAGCUGAACUGGCACGGAUAAUAGUUGGUGUUGUGGAAGCAUGCCAUUCUUUGGGCGUUAUGCAUCGAGACUUAAAACCUGAGAAUUUUCUAUUUGUCAACCAAGAAGAGGAAUCACCCCUUAAAACAAUAGACUUUGGGCUCUCAGUGUUCUUUAGACCAGGUGAAACAUUUACGGAUGUAGUUGGUAGCCCUUACUAUGUGGCCCCAGAAGUUUUACGCAAGCAUUAUGGUCAAGAAUGUGAUGUUUGGAGUGCUGGUGUGAUCAUUUAUAUUUUACUGAGUGGGGUUCCUCCUUUCUGGGAUGAAACGGAGCAAGGAAUAUUUGAGCAGGUUUUGAAAGGUGACCUUGACUUUGCAUCUGAUCCUUGGCCCAGUAUAUCAGAAAGUGCAAAAGAUCUUGUCAGAAGAAUGCUUGUAAGGGACCCUAAAAAGCGGAUUACAGCACAUGAAGUCCUUUGCCACCCUUGGGUCCAGGUUGAUGGUGUUGCUCCAGACAGACCUCUUGAUUCAGCUGUUUUAAGUCGUUUGAAACAAUUCUCUGCUAUGAACAAGCUCAAGAAAAUAGCAAUUAGAGUCAUUGCUGAGAGCCUGUCUGAAGAGGAAAUUGCGGGCUUGAAAGAAAUGUUCAAGAUGAUUGACGCAGAUAAUAGUGGAAAUAUCACUCUUGAGGAACUCAAGACUGGUUUGGAAAGAGUGGGUGCUAAUCUUAAGGAGUCAGAAAUUAGUGGAUUAAUGCAAGCGGCCGAUAUUGACAACAGUGGUUCCAUAGACUAUGGCGAGUUUGUGGCAGCUAUGCUCCAUCUAAACAAGGUUCAGAAGGAGGAUCACAUGUAUGCGGCCUUCUCAUAUUUUGACACGGAUGGAAGCGGGUACAUCACUCCCGAUGAGCUCCAACAGGCCUGUGAGAAGUUUGGUUUAGAAGAUGUUCACCUAGAAGAAAUUAUCCGUGAAGUUGACCAGGAUAAUGAUGGGCGCAUUGAUUACAAUGAAUUCGUGGCUAUGAUGCAAGAUAGUGGUUUUGGCAAGAAGGGAGGAUUACAAAGUAAUAGGAGCACCACUGGGCUCAGAGAAGCCUUAAAGCUGGGUUAACCUGAACUCAGCAAAAUUGAUAGUUUUCUUGUAUCUUUUAGCUGAUGUUUGUUCUUUUGUAAGUUAAACAGAACUUGAAGCCCAUCUUGUAAAGAUCAGUGAGGCUUCAGAAAGGGGUUUGCCCACCUGUUUUAGCGUUUGCAGGUUGUAUUUAUCAUUUAGUUUUCUGUUUUGGGUAUUAUAUGUUGCAUUAGAUUGUCAGAUCUAUUCUUUGGAAGACUGUCCAUAAUCUUUUUCUUAUUCUCUUGGCUAAA